UGAGUGUAGGUGUCUGGGUGUAGUUAGCAGGGGGCGGGGCUUCAUGACGUAGUCGCGCUUGCAGGGUAACGUGAAUGCAGACGGAGCAACUGAGGAUGAGGCAGAGACAGAGAAAAGAGCUGCUGCUGUCUCAUGUCGUGGGCAUACACCUCUGAAAUAUCCCUUCUGCAAUUAAGAAGCACCCUUUAAUUUACACCCAGACUGCGGCUUCUUUUUUCCUCUGUUUUUCUGUUCAUUUCGCUGCUGACAGUCCACUUCACCCAUAUGUCUGUCAACACAACACCGGCUUCCUCCGUCUUGUUAGUGAAAGGAAAGAAAACCUCGCUGAAAACACUCAGUAAAAUAUAUUUUCCGUGAGGUUUCAGCCGAACACACCUUCUGCUGGACCGUCCUGUCACAGCUGCAAUCAAUAUGGAUGAAGAGACUCACGUUCCCGAGGAUCUGUCGCAGGAAGAGAGGGACGAGCUGACAAACAUCCGACGCAGGAAGAGAGAGCUGCUCGACGAUAUUGAGAGGUUGAAGCUGGAGAUAGCAGAGGUCAUGACGGAGAUCGAGCAGCUGGCAUGCAUUGGAGAAAGUAAAACAUCCCAGAGAAACAAACAGAUUGCCAUGGGCAGGAAGAAAUUCAACAUGGAUCCAAAAAAGGGAAUCCAGUUCCUGCUGGAGAACGACCUCCUUCAGCACACUCCCGAGGACAUCGCCCAGUUCCUGUACAAAGGCGAGGGCCUCAACAAGACUGUCAUCGGAGACUACUUAGGCGAGCGGGAUGACUUCAACAUCAAGGUACUCCAGGCUUUUGUGGAGCUACAUGAGUUUGCAGACCUCAACCUCGUCCAAGCGCUACGGCAGUUCCUGUGGAGUUUCCGUUUGCCAGGUGAAGCCCAGAAGAUCGACCGCAUGAUGGAGGCAUUCGCCUCACGGUACUGCCAGUGCAACCCCGGAGUCUUCCAGUCGACAGAUACCUGCUAUGUGCUGUCGUUUGCUAUCAUCAUGCUGAACACCAGCCUGCACAAUCCAAAUGUCAGAGACAAGCCCCCAGUGGAGCGCUUUAUUUCCAUGAACAGAGGCAUCAAUGAAGGAGGAGAUCUUCCAGAGGAGCUUCUCAGGAACCUUUAUGACAGCAUCAAAAAUGAGCCCUUCAAAAUCCCAGAGGAUGAUGGGAAUGAUCUGACGCACACAUUCUUCAACCCUGACAGAGAAGGCUGGCUCUUAAAGCUUGGUGGCAGAGUGAAGACAUGGAAGAGAAGGUGGUUCAUUCUGACCGACAACUGCCUCUACUACUUUGAAUACACAACAGAUAAAGAGCCCCGUGGGAUUAUUCCUCUGGAGAACCUGAGUAUCAGAGAGGUGGACGAGCCCAGGAAACCUAAUUGCUUUGAGCUGUACAACCCCAACCACAAAGGUCAGGUGAUCAAGGCCUGCAAGACAGAAGCAGACGGGCGCGUCGUCGAGGGCAACCACGUGGUGUACAGGAUAUCUGCCCCCACGCCGGAGGAGAAGGAGGAGUGGAUCAAAUCUAUCAAAGCGAGCAUCAGCAGGGAUCCUUUCUACGACAUGCUCGCUACCAGGAAGAGGAGGAUAGCCAAUAAAAAAUGAUGACCGCCCAUCUUCAACCACAUCACUAGUUUCUGUGCCCAGCAGAGCCCUUGUGUAUGUAUGUUUCUAUGUUAUGGGGGUUUGAAGGACUCCCAUGCAUUCUUUCAGGGCAGCAGCAGACACACAUGGGCGUUUUCCAGACUAAAUGGAUCAUUUUUAGUUCCACAUGAAGAUUGUCAGUGCACAGAUGUGGAUGUGAAGAUUUUAUUUAUGCCUGCACAGACUUUGAACACUGAGAAUGCAGAAGAAAGAACUGUGUGCAAAAUCCUUAUCAAGAAAAAGGAUUAAGGAUGAAGACAGCAGAUGACUGGAAGAACAGCCAUGACUGGAAUCAUGGGACAUCUUUGUAUGUGCACAUAAUGUGGCUAUGGUGAUGUCGCCCUCUGCUGGACACACAAGGAAUUAAAUCUACUGCACUGCACAUGCAGAGCGAGGAUUUGAAAUCUGAAUCCGCAUCAUGAUGUGGUGCUCUUAUUGUCCGGGCUCACCUGGGUGGUCAUCGGCCACUGACAUUCCCGGAUGCCAGUCCAC